GCGACAAGUAGCCUACGCCAGUAAUGUUGGGCUCAGAGGACCACGGAGAGACUCGUAAACGAAACGGUACCGGAAUGAAGCGUCCGUUGAGUCCUGUUGAAGACGGGUCACUGAUUGAACAGACUGGGCAUGAGGGUGUGUCCUCUGAAGGGGUGGAGUUUACAAGACUGGAAGCCCCACCGAUAAACUCUCGUCCGAAGCGGGAGCGCAAACACAGGUCGUACACACUCUGUGAAGUGUGCAACAUUCAGCUGAACUCCGCAGCACAAGCACAGAUACACUACAAUGGCAAAACACACCAGAAAAGACUCAAACACAUAAACAACAACAACACAGGUACAGCUGCUCAGGGGAGCCCCCUGCUGGCCUCAUUACCGGUGCGGGGUCGCCCGCUGCAGACCCCUCUGGACCUGAAACACUUCCUGCCCUUCCGGCUCAGUGGCUCCUCCCCCCUCAACCUGUUCCCCAACUUCAACACUAUGGACCCGGUGCAGAAGGCUGUGAUAAACCAUACAUUUGGUGUUCCUCAGUCCCUGAAGAAAAAACAGGUCAUCUCAUGCAAUAUCUGCCACCUGCGCUUCAACUCCACGAAUCAAGCUGAAGCUCAUUAUAAAGGCCAUAAACAUGCUCGUAAGCUGAAGGCAUUAGAGGCUCAGAAGAACAAACAGCAGAGACGACAACUCGACAACGCACAUCACAACCGAGACAGAGAGAAGGACCGAGAGAGGGACAGGGAGAGAGACAGUAACAGAGUGAAAACGAGCGCUCCGGAUCCACUUCCUGCACUGCUGGAUGACACCGCCAUGGAGGAAACUGCUGCCUGUGACUCAGAUCCUGUCGUGAGGGUGGAUGAUGCUCACUCUAGUUCGGUGGUCCUGACACCUAUAUCGGAGGUGUCAUCUGCGGACCUGUCUGUCUCCUCCCCUCACUUCCAGAACCCGGACGGUCUGCUGGAACCCACCGGUGCCAGCAGCGAGCCAGCCGCUCAGCAGGACAACCCUACGGGGGACACACCGGCAGAGAAAGACCCCAAAAAGACCAAACAACAUCUGCAUUGCCCCAUCUGCAAAGUCACAGUCAACUCCACCACUCAGAUGGAUGCUCACAAUAGUGGCACCAAGCAUAAACUAAUGAUGGAAGGACAGAGUGUUUUGCCACGACGACGAGGGAAGGCAAUGUUGUCCCGCCCCUCAUGUAAAAGCAAGCGAUUGGCCAGUAAGGGGAGUGUGGGCGUGGCCAGCAAGAGCUUCUACUGUGAAGUUUGCGAGAUCCAUGUUAACUCUGAGGCUCAACUUAGCCAGCACAUGAACAGCCGAAGGCAUAAGGAUAGACUGGCUGGGAAGCCUCCGAAGCCCAAGUUCAACCCUCACGCCAAGAGCCUGCCUACCUCAGCAGCAUCGCAGGGUGUCAGAUGGAACGGUUAUGCGGGUGGUGCAGUGUCUGCUAUGAAGAAAAUUAUCAACCAAUACAAUCUGUCCUCUCUGUCCUCACAGACUAAACUGGUUCUACAGAAGCAAUUGACUAAAAAUCUGACCGCUAGCUUCCUUUCCACCCCCUUAACUACACCCACCCUCUGCACAGUCGCAGCCAAUCCUCUCGCGCUGCGACACCCGCCGGGCACUACUUUCAUUCAGACGCCCAUCCUUGGCCCUGCCCUCUUUAGGCCAGCGCCCGGACCUCUGAGAGCAACACACACUCCCAUCAUAUUUUCCCCUUAUUGAUCACCUCGAAACAAAACAAACACGCUCUUACAACAAGGCCGCACAUUCACGUGAUUUAGUUUUACGAUCCAUUCUCAGAACUGACGGUCUCUGUGCAAACUUUGUCCGUGCUCCCACUCUCUCCAAACUGUAUACACUUAAGUAUAUAAACACAAACACACACUCCCAUAGUGUUCCCUGUCCUCCUCAAAAACUGUGACUCUGAGAGGGUCACUCUUGAACUAUGCAGCAAAGGGAGAGAGAGUGUGAGAGAGAUAGAGAGAGAGAGCAGGACCAUAUUUGGUAAUAUGGGAGGGGCCUCAUUGCGAACACCAGCCCACUAUGCAGAUGAACGCUUGAAUGACAGGACAAGACUGAUAUAGGAGUUAAAAGAGCUAUAAGAAGGAUAUUUAGCUUUGCUUUAUGAGAUAUUUAUCAUUAUACAGAUAUUAAUCAGGUUUUUAUUCUAUAAUUUAUUAGAGGAAAGCCAAUUUUAGAGACCUAUAACUGCGCUAGCUGUUCGUUUAGUGAGGAAAUGCAAACAUCCCUUUACUUGAUGUUUUUUUUUAAAAGUAUUUUCAAUUGUUAUUAGUCUGUCCUCAUGUCGUUCCGCAUGGAUAUAUUGCCGUCGUUCUGUGUAUUCACAAACAUUUCGAGUAACCUCAUCUGACCGGCUUUUGUUACAAACACAAACCUCAUUGGUCUGUCAGUUUACAGAUGCAAAGGCUUUCUGUCAUGGGUAAUCACAGAAUAACACAGAGUGCCAGUCUAAUAUACGAAGGUGACAAUUUGGUAGCAAGGCAUCACAUACACACACACUCGCUCCCAAUCAGUGUCAUAAUUUUCUCAGUGUUGAUGCAUAGAUUAGAUGAUUUGAGAUUGCAGAUGCACACACACACACACACACACACAAAACCUCAGAUGAGAUGAUUACGGUUCAGUCACAGUUUGACGUGGCCUUUUAUGUCCGCAUAUUUUGUUCUCAGUAUUCCCCCAUUACGGCCUCACAAAGGUCAGUGUGCCUGUCAAAAAUCUGUCCGCGUCCCAUCUUGAUUAAGAUCUAAACCCUCACCAUGUUCUUUGCUUGUGUGUGUGUGUGUGUGUGUUUGAUCCAAAACCUGUCAUGAGUUCAUUACUCUCAAUUUUAUUCAGAAUAACAUUUUCGAUUCCGGAAGCAUCACUGAUUUAUUUGCACAGAGGAGCCAUUGCCAAAAUAUAAUGCCCAUAAUGGCGGGUUACUGAAUAUACAACAUUACCGUUGAAAGAAGUAUUUUAAGAUUACAUUGAAUAGCAAUUAAAUUUCAGAUAUAUUAAACUCACCCGCUACAAGUAUACAAGCGUUCCUGUCAGCCUGAACAAAGUCACAUCACUUUGCCCCAGAUCAGUGUCAUCUGAUGGUUUUGAAUGGACUAAUAAGACUGAUCAUCUGACUUCAGACCUGUAGAAUUAGAUGUUGCUGUUGAGUCUAUGUUGUACCAUUUUUCAUCUGUCUAAUUUUUUUUUAAAUGUG